UCAAUCAACUGUCAGUUGUUUAAAUUGCCUACUUUAAUUUCGUUCACAAUUUGUCAUUUUGACAUCAAUUUAAUCAAUUUUUAUUGCUAUUCUGUUUUACAAUCUUUGAAUUCUAAAGCAAUACAACGCAAUUUUAAAUAAUAAUAAAAAUUAAAGAAAAAGUUACGACAAUGGUCAAAGCUUGGUACAUGGAUGAUGAUUCUGCAUCCGAUCAGCGGCUGGAACACCACAGGAAUCCUCCAGAAUACAUCUCUAUUGAAGAAUUAUAUAAGAAAACGGGAGUGGAAUAUUUUAAAUUAAAUGUGGACACUUAUGCAACGGAUGGCGUGUUGCAAGCUUUGAAAGAGAAAAGGGGAUACACAUAUGAGGAUGAGAUUGUUUGCUCGAAGGAGUGUCUCCCUAACUAUGAGGAGAAAAUCAAGAGUUUCUACACAGAGCAUCUGCAUACCGAUGAAGAGAUCAGAUUCGUGGUAGAGGGCUCUGGCUACUUUGACGUGCGUGAUGACGCCGAGCGGUGGAUCCGUAUCGCCGUUUACCCCGGGGAUAUGAUCGUCAUACCCAGCGGCAUCUACCAUAGGUUCACGUUGGACACAAAUAACUACAUCCGAGCUAAGCGUUUCUUCAUCGGCGAGCCGGUGUGGAAACCGUACGACCGUCCCGCAGACGACAUGGACUGCCGCAAGCAGUACAUCGAAAAACAACGAAGAGGUUUCCUCGUGACUGCCAGCUAAAGUGACAACAUGGCGACUGACUCGUGACGUGAUCAAACCUAGAGCUAUAUAAUAGAUCCUAUUAAGAACAUGUACAAGGUGUGAAGAAAGAGCAAAAGUAUGGCCAAAAUUUGCCAUCAUGAGGGAGAGAUCCGCUGCAUCAAAAAUGAGGGCGUCAAAAUCAUAACAAAAUUUUUUUUAUUACUCGUCUUUGCCUAUAUACUCUAUCUUAAAAUUGCGCUCUUUCAAAUUUGACGCACAAUUGUCCAUGUGUAAAUUGAAUAACCAGAGCUAUGUCCUACAGUCCUCGCUUCUUUAGAUAUAUCAAACCAGUUGUUAAUUAUUACUGUUAAUCCUGACCCUGGAAUCUGUGUAUUUUAGUUUCAAACCCAUAAGUACAUAGAUAAUAUCGUCAUAGUCGUAGAAUACUGACGGAUCUGACAAAGAUUACAUAUAAAGAUCCGUCAGUAUUCUACGACUAUGACGAUAUAGACCAUAGAAUUUUUCGGUCUAGGGGCCUUUUCGAGAUCCACAAUAGUUUAUUUAAAACACAUACGGUCAUGGUUGUCACGGGUCGUUAUAAUGUUAAUAUUUUCGAAAGUGAUAUUUUUAAUUAAAAUGCAUUUAAAAUUACAAAUAAGUGUUAUUAACAAUGAAAUAUAUAUCGUCAUAGUUGUAGAAUACUGACGGAUCUGACAAAGAUUACAUAUAAAGAACCGUCAGUAUUCUACAACUAUGACGAUAUAACAUAAAUAGAACAAGAAUGUUUGAUUGCAAUAGUAACAGAAUUAAAAUUGAUACUGAACUAAAUCAACAACCCUGCAAAUAAGAAAAUAUUUUUUUAACUUUUUAUAUUAAAAUAGGGAAUAAUUCUCAAAUUAUAGUAAUGUUAAUCAAUUGCAUUUUAUAAAUGAAGGUGGCAUUUAUUAAAACAUGUCUUGAAAAAUAUGGUAUAUAUUGUAUUAAUAUUAUAUAUAUUGCAGCUACUUAAAAUUGUUAAAUUACAUAUAUCUAUAAAUAUAUAAUUAUUUUUUAGUUUUUAUAUGUAUACUACAUAUAAUUAAAAGCGGAUGGUAAACACACUUGAAAAGCAGAAAAUUUGCUCAACCGGCAGGAAUGCAGAAUGUUACAUAUUGUACAUACAUAAAAAAACGUUAAAAAAAUUUAGUGUUAAAUGUAUUUUUAUUCAUUAUACAUUUUUAUAUUGUUAUCAAUAAUUAUAUCGUUUGAAAUAA